AUGACGGCUCUUCCCCCUCAAGUCGCCGUGGUCGACUUCCACCACGCUCGGGGUCCCGAGGUCGAAUUCUGGAUCAACGAGGAUGGCCGGACGCUUUCCAAGCGGAAUGACUGGUCGCUGUUGCCGUUUAUGGCGCUCUCAGAUGGCGCCCACGCGAUGGCCGAGGAGUUUAGCUACUUUACGUUACUGGAUAAGCGCGACACGGCCGCGGUGGAUGAUACGCACAGCCAUGCAGCCUCGAGCAGGCCAACCUCCCUCUUCGGCAUCUCAUGCACACGCCAGAUACGCAGCGAGAGGUUAAAACGCCGCUCCGUGGACGUGACGCGUUCGACGGUGCAGAAGGCUGUGGUGGUGGUGAGUCCGACGGCCCGGGGAAUGGGGGAGUUGAGGGAGCGGCUGGGUGCGGUGACGGCGGCGUGGUUUGCGCAGGAAGACUUCUCGGACAUUUCGAUCUUAGAGGAGUUCCAAGCAAGUCUCGUCAGAGCACCGCCUACGCAUGAGGACGGCAAGGAUCAUAACUUUGGCCUCUCUCUGCGAGAAAUGAUCUACGAGUUUCGACAUCAGACACUCGCCUUGGUCAAAUGUUUACUGCUGCAGCGGAAGAUGCUCUUCUUCGGGUCGAAAUGCGAACGUCUUUGCAUGAUGCAAUUUGCCCUUGUCUCUCUCAUUCCCGGCUUGAUCGCGAAUCUGCAGGAUGCAGCGGAUCCGAGCCUCGAUUCUUAUGCGCAGAAUGCGCAACGAGCAGCGACUUUGAGGACUAGCGAUAGGAAUUCAUUGUUGGCGUAUAUGGGUCUGCCACUGCAGAUAUUCGGAAAGGGCUCCUUCUUCGGUCCCUACACGCCCCUCCAACAACUCGACAUCCUCGCCGACUAUGACACAAAAUCCUACGUCGUCGGCUCGACAAACAGCCUGCUCCUCCAGCAGAAGGAGAAAUACUCCGACAUCCUCAUCAACCUGGACGAAUCCAACUCCAUCACCAUGACAUCCCCGUCCCUUCGAUCCGCGCUGCAACUCUCGGCCGCCGACCGCCGAUGGAUCGACUUCCUCACCCAGACCGUGCUCGACACCUGGGACCCCGACAAUCCCUCCCGCCCACGCAACAUGGGAUACGCCGGCAGCGAGGACAGCAUCCGCAUGCAAUUCGAAGAGUACAUCCUAUCACUCCUGUCAAGCAUGGCCUACCAGAUCUACCACGAGAGCCUCGUCACCAAUGCGAUCCCCAACAAUGUGGCGAACAUCCCCGACCAUUUCCCCGACCCGGGCGACACGGCAGGCGACUUCAACCCAGAGUUCCUCGCCAUGUGGCGCAGCACGCAUAACUUUGAGCUCUUCGACAAACUGACCUCGGGGAACCGCAUCUUUGACAUCAUCGAGCCGCGACACCCCACGGCAGGGGGGCUGGGCGUCGAAGACCUGCAGCGCAGGUUCGCCCAGGGAAUGGCCGAGCUGCACUUGGACGACCGCGUGCGCGAGGGCCGGGAACAGCUCGGCCGCACAUUGCAGAGCGGGCGCGAGCGUGUCGAGGCCGGCCUGCGCGGCGUGUGGGCCGAAGUCGAGCGGGCGCGACAGCAACGCCAAGCGAAACGACAGAGUCAGAGUCAAAGCCAGACUCGGACGCGCGCCGCCGAAACCGCCGAAGACAACCACACGCACACGAUCACGGACAAGAAGGAUGAGAAGGAAAAUGACGACCCUGGCGCACGAAGGAGCACCAGCCUUCAGGCAGGCACAGGCACAGGCACAGGCACGGGGACAACCACACUAUCGCACACGAACUCGGACUCGAGCUCCAUAGUCGUGGUCGACAACGACGCUCGACGACCCAACUCGCCUCCUGAAUCCAGGUCUGGCGGCAGCGGAGGAAGCGUGUGGAGCGCGCUCGCCAUCCGAGACCGUGCCCCCAAAGUCGACACAGCGCAGAUCCAGGCCUCGGCGCGCGAGAGCGCCGUCAAGGCGGGCGCGUAUUUCAGCUCGUGGGGCACGUGGGCGCGAGAGAGGAUGCAGCAGCAGCAGCAGCAGGGGGUGGCCAAAAUGUCGGAGACCGCCGCUCCUGGCCGUGGAGAGGAAGCCGGUGGUGGUGGUGAUGGUGGAAGGACGGACGACCACAAUGUGGGGAUGGAGGCGACGAGGCGGUGA